GAUAUACUUCUGAACUGUGAAGUCCUCCGACGUUUGCUGGAUAUGCUCAUCUGCUAUGGUUUCUUCUCUGACUUCACUGUUCGUCCAAGCCAUUCCAUGCGUGAUGAAGGCAGUGAUUCGAGGAUGAAUCCUUUCGAGGAAAGGGGGAAUGAUAUGAACUAUCAAGUUGAUCAUAAUUCUACCAAAGACCCGUUAACUAUUAAUGGAGGACCAAUGACAAGAGCUAAAAGCUAAAAGGAUGAAAGAAGCCUUAACUUGUUUAUUGUAAGACAUUUGGAAGGAGCAAGCUGGUCAAGACUCGGUUAAAGUUCUAUAGAUACAAGAAGAGACUAAAAUGGUCAACAUGAUUCACGUAAGUCCAAAUCAUGAAGAGAAAGUCCAGCUUUGAGAGAAGGACGAAAUUUUAGCCCAUUUUGAAGAAUAAAGGCCAUUCAGUCAUAUUGGACCAUAUUAAGAAUUGUGGGUUUAUUCAUGAAUAAUUAUUCAAAUCAAUUCAAAGCAGAUUCAUGAGUGAUCUACAUUCAUGAAUUAGGAAUAUGAAUGUCAUUUAAUGGAUUCAUUCACUUUGUACUUGGCCUUUGUACUGUAUAAACAAAGCUGACUCCCUUUGUAAGGAGCCAAUUGAGAAGUAUAAUCAUCUUUCAACACUGUUUCUGACAGGAAAGGAUCUCAAGGUAUAAAAGAAAGAAAUGCAUGAGAUUAGUGAGCAUGCAAGGAACAUCAGAACCUAAUAAUGUUUUAGCUGAUUUACCAGUAGUGCUCGAGGCAAGUUCUGCUCCUUUAGUUCAGGCCUUAAAGUCUACUGCAGAACAAGAUGUUGCUUGUUUUCACUUCCCAGGACAUAACAGAGGGAAAGCAGCUCCUAAUUUGUCCAAUCUUACUGGUCCAGGAGCUUUUCUACAUGACCUACCUGAACUCCCAGAGUUGGAUGAUUUGUUCUCUCCAAAAGGUGCAAUUUUAGAUGCUCAGGCAGAAGCUGCAAAAUUGUUUGGGGCGUCUGAGACAUGGUUUCUUGUUGGAGGCACCACUUGUGGCAUACAAGCGUCCAUAAUGGCUACAUGUUGCCCAGGUGAUGUACUCAUUCUCCCAAGGAAUGCUCACAUUUCUGCAACCUCGGGUCUCGUUCUGUCUGGUGCAGUGCCAAAAUACAUUCUACCUGAGUAUAAUUCUUGUUGGGAUAUUGCUGCCGGAAUAAGGCCAUCGCAAGUUGAAGCCGCAAUAAAAGAGUUGGAGGACGUCGGAAAAACAGCAGCUGCAGUUCUCAUCACUUCUCCAACAUAUCAUGGCAUAUGCAGUAAUCUGAAUGAGAUUACUAAAGUUUGUCACUCCCGAUGUAUUCCUGUAAUAGUGGAUGAAGCACAUGGUGCUCAUUUCGGGUUUCAUCCUAACUUUCCAAGCACUGCUCUUGAACAAGGUGCAGACUUAGCUGUCCAGUCUACCCACAAGGUUCUAUCUUCUCUGACACAGUCAUCAAUGUUACAUAUGUCUGGGAACCUUAUAGAUACGGAGAGAAUAAGCAAAUGUCUUCAAAUGCUGCAGAGCUCCAGCCCAAGCUACCUAUUACUUGCAUCAUUAGAUUCUGCAAGAGCUCAGCUAGGGAAAAAUCCAGAUGCUAUUUUUUGUGAUGCCGUGAAUUUGUCCCUGGAAACCAGAAAAGAAAUUGGAACAACUGCAGGUGUCUCAUUACUGGAUUUGUCUAGCUUUCUUUCUGGUUUUACUGCUAUUGAUCCUUUGCGUAUCACUCUUGGUGUCUCACAGCUCCAUAUAUCAGGCUACAUAGCAGAUGAGGUAUUGUGGGAAGGACAUCGCAUAAUACCUGAGCUUGUAGGAAGCAGCUCACUAACAUUUGUAAUCAACCUGGGGACUAGCAGGAAAGAUAUUCAAAGACUUAUUUUAGGGGUAAAGAAUCUGUCCAGGAAUUUCUUUAAUGGAAACAAAAUAAAGUCUGAUGUAUGGAAUGGCGUACGUGCUCCAGCUACAUACUCUUCUAUGCAACUUAGCCCUAGGGAUGCCUUUUUUGCGAAGAAAAGAAGGGUAAAUAUUAGAGAAAGUGUUGGGGAGAUCUGCGGGGAGUUAAUCUGUCCAUACCCACCUGGUAUUCCAGUCCUGAUUCCUGGUGAGGUCAUUACUGAGGAAGCUCUAUCCUAUCUGUUACGUGUUUUGAGAAUGGGGGCUGCAAUUAGGGGAGCCGCUGAUCACCAGCUCUCUUCCAUAUUGGUGUGUCGUAUAUGAUGGAACAGGCGAUCAAUUUUUGACGCUAUUCAGAUGGGAUAUUAGCUUAAAGAGGGAGAAGGAUUAGACUAAAACACAUGGAAGGCCUAUUUGCUCUUAGCCAAAUUGUUUGAAGGGUGUUCAAGGAUGGAUGUGCAAAGUAUCUGAGGAAUUUAUCCGACUUCUAGAAAACUUCUGGAAAUUUAUCAUGCAGAGCAACAUCGACAGCACGUACGAAAGCUAGCCUGAUACAGUCAACCUCAAGGCUGUUAUAUUAAUAUUUGUUUCAAUAGUAGUUAAUCAGCAUGAAAAUGUUAUUUUCACUUGAUAUAGAAAUAAGAAAUCGUAGCACGAUCAACCUUCAUUA